AUGGAUAUCCUCACCACGUUCAGUGCCAGCAUCCAGAGUCCGACCAUUUGGUUGACUUUUGGUCCACUUGCUCUGUCUUAUUCUCUAUACCGUUUUCUCGCCGUACCAUCACACCUUCGCCAUCUUCCUGCUUUACCGAUAUUUUCCGUGGUCUGGAGCUAUAUCUGUCAAGAACCUGAUGAUGUUCGCAUCAAGCGUCUUAUCCUGUCUCAUGCCAAGAAGUACUCGGAAGGUGUUGUUCUGGUGUGGAUGUUUGGUCGAUGGACGGUCCAUGUCGUUGAUCCCAAGCUCGCGUUUCAAGUGACCGCAGACGUUACAAAUUUUCCAAAAGAUUUUCCUACAUGGGAUCUACUCCUCACCCGUUUCAUAGGCAGAAAUAACAUCACCAUGAGCAACGGCGAUGAAUGGAGAAAGGUGUCCACAAUCGUCCGCGACGCAUUUACCACUCCAAUCCCUAUUGAUUUGUUCACAUCCCUUGCAAAAAAUAUAUUCCGGGUUAUUGACCAGACACCCCUAACGGAUAACAAGGAACUUAAAGUGGAGUGGAGCGAUCUUGCACAACGAUUCGCUUUGGACGCAGUAGGUUAUUCAGUAAUUGGCUUCAGCAUUGAUGCCAUCAGCACCGAAUCCCAGUUCGUCAAGGACUACAAUAUGUUCAUGCGUUACACAGCCGAUCCCCUCUACCUCGCACUGCCCAUCUUCGAGAAGAUUAUUCCACGUAAACAUGCAUUUGAUUUGAUGGAAGACCUCAAGAAAAGGCUUAUCGACAUGUUGCUCGCCAAGCGUUUGGACCCUGGAGAUGACAUCAUGUCGUUUUUACUGAGAGACCCGAGUUUGACCAUGGAGGACUUGCGCAAUAAUAUGUCCAUUCUCUUUAUUGCGGGACAUGAUACGACAUCUGGUACAAUAUCGUCCAUGGUUUACUACCUUGCUCUCAAUCAAGCUGCCCAAAAGAGCGCUCGAGAUGAAGUCGUUCGCGUUCUUGGACCAUCCGCCAGCCCAUCACUCUCCCUCAUGGGCCCUAGUUCAUUACCUUAUGUCAAUGCUUGUAUCAAAGAGACCCUUCGAGCAAACUCUCCUACUUCUUAUACAGUCCCCCGCAUGACCCAGAAGGCUACCAACCUUGGCAAAUAUUACAUUCCUCCUAACACCGCCAUCCUUUCGAACAUGUAUGGGGUGCACCACAACGAGGCAGUUUGGAGUGACACGGACGUUUUCAGGCCAGAGCGGUUCUUAAAAGGAGAAAUUGAGUCGCAGACCAAGAAUUCAUGGAUUCCGUUCUCCACUGGUCCUCGCCAGUGCCCAGCCCAAAACUUCGUGAUGUACGAGAUGCGCACACUGGCUUCAAUGUUGUUAAGAGAAUACGAGUGGACACUGCCCGUGGACUCGAUCCAUGCUGAUGGGAUCAAGAAUGCUUGUUCCCCGUUUGCACUGACUCUUCCUUACAACUUGGAUAUCAUAUUCAGAAAGCGUGUAUGA